AUGGAGGUAGAGUCCACCACAUACACUGACUUUAUUUCCUGCAAUCGAACUGGUCGGAGGAACGCUGUCCACGACAUCCAGCGAGAUGCAACCACCAUCACCAUGCGCAAGCUGACCGAUGACCUCGGCAACCUCGCUGUCGAAGGAGCAGAAAGCCAAACAGAUGCCACGACUUCUGAGAACGACCCUGGAGCAAGACCAAAGGGGCAAGAAAACAGCCCCUCCCCAUGA